AUGGCUAAAGAACUAAAAAAUAUUUCAGAGCCAAUUCCUUACAACAACUUAGUAGACUUAAAUAAAUGCUAUAAACUCUACCUUAAUGACAAAGCUAAAGAAGUCGAAGAUUCCUCUAAAGCAAACGCACAUCUCAAAGAAAAACACAAUUCCUUAUUAAAACAGAAUCAGAAUUUGCAAUCUCAAAUUGAACAACAGACUAACAGUCUAAAGAUCUUAGAAAAUGAGCUGACUGAAAAAAUAAAUUAUCUUUUAAGAUUACAAAGGAGUGUUUAUCAGCUUGGUAGCCUACAGAAUAAUGAAGAAGAACACUCAGAAAAUUUUCCUCAAUCAAAUUCUCCUAAAAUCCAGAAUAAUCAAGAAAAAAUUAUAAAGCUCAUUGACUAUUUCAAAGAACUUGAAAUCCAAAAAUUUGCCUUACAAAAAGAGCAUGAAAUAUUGUCUAGCAAAAUAAUUGAGUCGGAACAUCGAGCAAUAGAGGAAAUAAAAUGUAUAAAUUGCCACCAAAAUUUUACCUUGGCGAAUAACCACAACGGUGCAUGUGCUUAUCAUCCAGGGAGGCUUAAUUUUUUCUCAUGCAGAGGGUGUGGAAAAGAUGCUUAUAUGACUUGUUGUAAUAAAUGCACUGAAUGCUUAAAAGGGUGCAAAAUUGGGCGCCAUAUUGGGAGUUCUUUAUAA